GGCGAGUCUAGCGUCAUCUCCAGCAUUAAACGGAGCGAUGUCACUGUACGAAGACCUGGGCGUGGAGAGGAGUGACUCCAAGAUGGAAGGCUGGUCCAGGAACUUCAUGCUGUUGCAGUCUCAGCUGCAGGUAAAGAAGGCGGCUCUCAUGCAGGCCAAGAGCCAGAAGACCAAGCAAAGCACCGUCCUGGCGCCAGUGAUCGACCUGAAGCGCGGUGGCUCCUCGGACAAACGGCAGAUCGUGGACACGUGGCCGCACGUGGCCGCCGGCCUCAAGGACCCUGUCCCCAGUGGAUGUUCUGCGGGAGGAAUGCUGAUUCCCUUGGCCGACGAAUAUGACCCCAUGUCCCCUAACGACUACGAGAAGGUAGUGAAGCGCCAGAGAGAGAAGCGACAGAGGCAGCGAGAGCUGGUAAGACUGAAAGAAAAAGGAGAGACAGCGAAGAGGCGGAAGGAUAGAUGCGAAGCCGGUGCCGGGUAUUCCAGGCGGCCAGAUCUAGAUUCUGAUGAGGAUGAAGAUUAUGAACGAGAAAGGCGCGAAAAAAGAAAGGGCGGAGUUGCCAUCGCACCCCCCACUUCUCUUGUAACAAAGGGCCCGGCGUUGCCCCCAGAUUUUCCUUACGAGGAGGAUUCCCGGCCUCGCUCACCGUCUCCCAAAGCUACUACUCCUCCCCCCAUGUACGAGGAUCAAGACAGACCCCGCUCCCCGGCUGGGCCCGGCAGCUCCUUCCUUGCCAGCAUGGGUGGCACGGUGGCGCAUAAAAUCAUGCAGAAGUACGGCUUCCGGGAAGGCCAGGGGCUGGGGAAGCACGAGCAGGGGCUGAGCGUGGCCUUGUCGGUGGAGAAGACCAGCAAGUGUGGGGGCAAGAUCGUAGUGGGCGAAGUCGCCGCCGAGGAAGGGGGUUCACCCCCACUGCCGGGCUGCCCAGAUGCAUCCAAGAAGUCGGACCCAAAUCCAUUAACUGAAAUGCUUAAGUGCCCUACUAAAGUGGUCCUCCUGAGGAACAUGGUUGGUGCAGGAGAAGUAGAUGAAGACUUGGAAGUUGAAACUACGGAAGAAUGUGAAAAAUACGGCAAAGUUGGGAAAUGUGUGAUAGUUGAGAUUCCCGGUGCCCCCGACGAUGAAGCUGUACAGAUAUUUUUAGAAUUCGAGAGGGUUGAGUCGGCAAUUAAAGCUGUUGUUGAUCUGAAUGGAAGGUAUUUUGGUGGGCGAGUGGUAAAAGCAUGUUUCUACAAUUUGGAUAAAUUCAGGGCCUUGGAUUUGGCGGGACAACUUUGAUUUUAAGAGAAAGUCUCCGAUGAUCUGUAGAUGAAUAGCAAGAAGGAAGGAAAAGACACUAGCCCAGCUGCUGGACUCAAACUCUGAGCAGUACGUCAAAGAGAGAUGCUGACUGUUGUUGUUUUUUUAUUUUGUGUUUUUUUUAAUAUAAAAAUAUUUUUUAAAGAA